AUCACUUCCGCGUCUCUAGGCCUCCUUGCAAGUCCGCCAGAGCGUCCGCUUCCGGCCCCGCCCCGCGCGGCGGGGUCCUCCCGCGGCGCCAAGAUGGCGCAGGCCCUGUCGGCCGAGGAGUUCCAGCGGAUGCAGGCGCAGCUGUUGGAGCUUCGGACGGAGAACUAUCGCCUCUCGGACGAGCUGCGGAAGAACGGCGCCGAGCUCUCGGGGCUGCGGCAGAGGGUGCAGGCGCUGGACAAGGACCUGGCUAAAGCCAACAAGGCCCUCAGUAAGAGUAAGAAGGCGCAGGAGGUGGAGGCGCUGCUGGGGGAGACCCGGAUGCUGCAGGGGAAGCUCCAGAGCCAGGAGGAUGAUUUCCGCCUCCAGAACAGCACCCUGCUGCGCGAGCUGGCCAAGCUGUGUGCACAGAUCGAGGGACUGGAGGAGGAAAACCGGCAAGCUGCGGGAGGGGGGCCCCCCAGGACCCCCCCCGUGACUCCCUGGCCUCCGCAGAGCCCCCCCAGGAUGGGGCCGCUGGAGACAGCGUGGCCCCCCCGGCGUCUACGGAUGCCCCCCCGGAUCCCCCCAGGGAGCUGCGGCCGACAGAGGAGGGGGCCGGGGGCGACGGUCCGUGCAGGGAACCCCCCAGCACCCGCUGCUCAGGCAGAGGUGGCCCAACUGCAGGCAGAAGUGGCCAAGCUGACGGAGAAACUGAGAAAGAAGCAGGAGAGCUUUCUCCAGUUGCAGGCAGAAAAGGAGACGUUGCUCAGGGACAGUCGGAUGGAGGUGGAGGAGCUCCGAGCCCGGCGGGACGAGGAAUUUCGGGAGCUCCAGGCCCGCAACCAGCAGCUGCAGCAGGAGCUGGAGGCUGCAGCCCAGCCCCGGGCAGCCUGGAGCAGCUCUAUACGUCCCCAUACCGGCCCCGGGGCAGUGCCGCUGGACCCUAUAGGGCCCUAUAGAGCGCUGUGUGGGGCGGGCAGGCGGAGGUGGAGGCUGCGGGAACAGCGUGGGGCCCUGGCCCGGGAGCUGCAGGAGGCCCAGGCGCAGCGUGAUGCCCUCAACGCCCAGCUCCAGGCGUGCACGGGAGAGCGGGAUGGGCUGCGGCGGCGGCUGGCGGAGGCGGAAGACGCCCGCGGGGAGAGCGAGCGGGGCCGACGGCAGGCGCAGGAGCAGCUGGAGCGGCAGGCGCAGGAGCACGCGGCGGCCGCCCGCGCUCGUGCCGAGCAGCACCGGGCCGAGCUGGAGGGCCGUGUCGGGGAGCUGCAGGCGGCGCUGGGAGAUGCCGAGCGGCAGCGGGAGCUGCAGGAGGCUGAGGGCCAGGCGCUGCGCCAGGAGCUGAAAGACGUCCGAGAUGGGCAGCGCAUACUGGAGAAGAAGGGCAGCGCUGCGCUGAAGGACCUGAAGCGGCAGCUGCAGCUGGAGCGACGCCGGGCCGACCGCCUGCAGGAGCGGCUGCAGGAGCUGCUGGCGCCCACCCGUGCCCGUACUGGGCUGGAAGAACUGGGGCUGGAAGGGGGUCCCCCGGGCGGGGGACCGGGGGGUGACAGCAGCAGUCUCUCCUCCCUGGGCCGCGAUGGCUCCGCCCCUGGCAGCACCAAGUCAGGCUCAGGCAGCCCCGGGGGGGGCAGCGGCGGCGGGGGGGUACCCGGCGGGGGGGGCCUGUCCCCCGCAGAGGUGGCGGAGCUGUUCCAGCGCCUGGCCCAGAGCCAGCAGGAGCGCUGGCUGCUGGAGGAGAAGGUGCGUCACCUGGAGGUGAGCAGCGCCUCGAUGGCGGAGGACCUGUGCCGCAAGAGUGCCAUCAUCCAGAGCUUCGUCCGCGACAGCCGCCUGGAGGCGGCGGGACCCCCCGGUCCCCCCCGGCGGGGCACGGGGCCGGGUGAGGAGGGUCUGCGGGAGAUGAACAAGAAGCUGCAGAACAUGCUGGAGGAGCAGCUCACCAAGAACCUACACCUGGGCCAGGACCUGGAGGCGCUGUCGCAGGAGCUGGCGCGACUCAGCAAGGAGAGAACCGCCCCCCCCGGCCCGCCCUGAGGGGCGGGGCCUCGCCUUAGCCCCGCCCCGCUGCUGUAGGCUCCGCCUCCCCUGGCGGGUCAGGGGGCCUCGCUGCUUGAAGGGGACGUUGCCCCUUUAAGGAAGGGGGUGGGCCCGCUCGGGUGGACGUUGCCACUUUAAGAGGGGGGGGAACACACCCGCAUGCACUCCCCCUCGGUUUCCCC